AUGUUUCGCCGACGAAGACUGCAAAAAAGACCAACUACAAGAGCGUCCCGCGCCAAUCAGGCUCCAGCGAACGAGGCAGAGUCGGACAAUGCGACAAUUGCGACGGAAGGCGCCGGCGGCACUGAUACUGGUGCGGCAGCGCUGCUCCACAUUGUGCUGAAGGAACUCAAAGACAUCAAAGACGCGUCAGUCAAGCAGCAAAACCUUAUUGAAGAUCUACGAGAACAAGUGGUCGAAGCGAAACAAGAAAUUCGAGACACCAGGGACGAGCUGAAAUAUGUACGAGAACAACUUGAGGCCGUGACCGCCGCUGCGGCGGCGUCUGAAAUCAGUCCACGGCCUUCAUACGCUGAGAUUGCACGAACACCACCCACAAGUCACCCAAGCAACAUACCAUCGUUUUCCUCCAACACGACUACAUCGGGCGCAACGGACUUACUGUACUGUACGGUGGACGUUUCCCGGGUUGACGAAGCGCUGGUGGAGAAAACCUCAGCCGGCGCGGUCAGGACAGUCAUUGAAACGGAGGCCCGAUUGAAGUUGGAGCGGGCAAAUUGGCGAUGCCGUGCGGUAACGAAGGAUCGCAAAAAUCCCAACCGUAUCCGAAUUGCAUGCCGCGAUGAAGUGGAACAUGACUUGGUCAAACAACUCGCGCACGCUAAGCUCCCCACAGGAGCCAGAGUCAUGCGAGAUGAACUAUACCCAGUCAAGGUCGACAAUGUAAACCGAUUCGCAGUGGUUGAUGAGAACAGUAACGUGAAGCCCGAGGCUAGCGCCUCCCUUGGCGAGGAGAAUGAGGUGCAAGUAGCCAAAGUGGCGUGGCUGAGCAGACGCGACAAUCCUAAGGCAUACGGCUCGAUGGUCGUCUAUCUCACAAAGGUCUCUGACGCAAGAAGAAUUCUCCGCGAGGGCUUCUUUUAUGCAGGAGGCGAAUCAGGACCUACGGAACGAUUUGAACGACGACCGCGCCCCGAACAGUGCUACAACUGUCAGGAAAUCGGACACAAGGCCUUCCAGUGCACGAAAUCGCAGCUUAAUGUCAAGAAGCAAGGGAGCAUACAUGAUAGUUUGAUGAAUGACGACGACCUUCGAAACACAGCAGUUAUAUUGAUCCAGGAGCCACAAGCGAGGAAUAUUGCUGGGCGGCUCCUGACAACACCGAUGGCACACAAUGGUUGGACGAAGAUGACGCCGUCGGUGUGGAGUGAGGGGAGAUGGGCGAUCAGGAGUAUGCUUUGGAUCAACGAGGAUUUGGAGGCGGAGCAGCUGUCAACAGAGUCACCGGAUCUGACGGCAGCCAUGAUAAAUCUACAAGAUAAAUCAAUCUUGGUUGUCUCGGCCUACGUGGCAGGGAUGGACAACACUGCACUGCGACACACUUGCGCUAUACUUCGCAGUUUAAUCAUCACCGCGAGGAGGCGAGCUGAGCGACCAGUUGAAAUCCUCAUCGCAGGCGACUUCAAUCGUCACGAUCAGCUUUGGGGAGGAGAUGAUGUAUCCAUGGACAGACAAGGGGAGGCAGACCAAAUAGUGGAACUGAUGGGUGAAUACUCACUCGGUAGCCUGCUGCCGCGGGGUACCAAGACGUGGCACGAUUGGAGAUACGAGACGACGAUCGACUUGGUAUUGGCAUCGGAGGGGCUAGCGGAGUCCAAGAUUCGAUGCACUACUGACGGAACUGACCAUGGGUCAGACCACUACAAGAUCACAACUUCAUUCGACAUAUCCAUGCCAGAAAUAGCACAUGAACCUAGAUUUCUUUUCAAGAAUACGCCAUGGAAGGAGGUCAAUAACAGAAUACGAAAGACGCUCCAUGGAAAAUCCACUACUGGAGACGUACAAGCAGACACGGAUCAACUGAUGUCGGGGGUGUUGGAAGCCUUGCACGCGUUGACACCGAAAUCGAAGUCAUCGCCGUACGCAAAGCGCUGGUGGACUUCUGAUCUCUCACAACUACGGGCCGUGCAGUCGUUUUGGCGUAAUCGAGCGAGAGCGCAACGACGAGCAGGCCGAAGGGAUCCCGAGCUGGAGGAUAAUGCCAAGGGUGCGACAAAACAAUAUCACGACGCUAUCCGACAGCGGAAGCAGACUCACUGGGAAGAGUUUCUUGCAGACAAUGACAAUAUCUGGGAGGCGGCCAAGUAUAUGAAGUCAAACGGUAGUUCAGCGUUUGGUAGAGUACCACAUCUGAAGAAAGCAGACGGCACGUACACCAGCAAUAAGCAACAGCAAGCCACGGAAAUGUUAGAUACUUUCUUCCCGCUUCUGCCUGAAAAUAUCGAGGAGGAAGGUGACAGGCCAGAGAGGGAGUCAGCAGUGCCCAUGCCCAGUAUCACAAUGGAGGAAGUUGAACGACAGCUGCACAGAGCAAAGUCAUGGAAGGCGCCAGGGGAAGAUGGGCUUCCUGCUUGGGUUUGGAAGCAAGUCUGGCCCGUGGUCAGACACUGGGUAUUAGCCAUUUUUCGGAAUUCCGUCGAACAAGGCCAAGUGCCAAGUCAGUGGCGACAUGCCAAGAUUAUUCCGCUGAAGAAACCAGACAAAGCUGACUACACCAUUGCAAAGGCAUGGAGACCUAUAUCUUUGUUGUCUACGCUUGGGAAGUUGCUUGAGUCUGUAGUGGCAGAGAGGCUGUCUUAUGUGGUGGAAACGUACGGCUUGUUGCCGGCAAAUCACUUCGGAGCCCGAAAACAGAGGUCGGCAGAACAGGCCCUUAUACUGUUACAGGAGCAGAUUUUGUAUGCCUGGCGGGCGAAGCGAGUGCUGAGCCUGAUCAGUUUUGAUGUCAAAGGAGCAUACAAUGGUGUCUGCAAAGGUAGACUCGUUCAAAGAAUGAAGGCUCGAGGGAUCCCGGAAACAUGGACGCGCUGGGUGGAGGCUUUCUGCUCUUCGCGCACAGCGACUAUCCAGGUCAAUGGUCAGACGUCUGACACCCAGGAAUUGCCGCAGGCCGGACUGCCUCAAGGCUCUCCACUGUCUCCAAUUUUGUUUCUCUUUUACAAUGCCGAUUUGGUACAACGCCGCAUUACCUGGAACGGAGGAUCGGUGGCAUUUGUUGAUGACUUUACUGCCUGGGUCGCUGGCCCUUCGGCGAGAGACAAUCGUGCAGGAAUCGAGUCCAUUAUCGAAACAGCUCUUGGGUGGGAAAAGCGCAGCGGCGCUACGUUUGAAGCAGAAAAGACCUCCAUUAUCCAUUUCACCAAGACAAGCUACAAGAACGAUUCAGAUUCUUUUCUCAUUAAGGAUCAAGAAGUGCAUCCCAAAACCCAUGUAAAGGUAUUAGGACUUAUCAUGGACACGCGCCUAAAGUACAAGGAACACAUUGCAAGAGCAUCGUCCAAAGGCCUCGAGGCUGCGAUGCAACUCAGAAGGCUGAAAGGACUCUCGCCAUCGACAGCCCGACGGCUGUUCACAGCCAUGGUUGCCCCUGUCGUAGACUUUGCCUCCAACGUUUGGAGGCACGCAUGCAUAGAUAGGAGAGCAAGGAUGUUGGAUCGAGUUCAGAAGAUGGGCGCUCAAGCUAUCACUGGCGCAUUCAGGACUGUGGCGACCAAGGUUGCUGAGGCAGAAGCACAUAUCAGUAGCGUUCAAGAUCGACUGUGGAAGAGAGCCAUGAAGCUGUGGGUGGAGCUUCACACCUUGCCUGACAGUAGCCCCCUACGUCGAGAGGCUUCUAGAAUGUCUCGAGUGUGGAAAAACGGUUUCUUGUCGCCUUUCCAGCAAGUGUCCGUUGUCUUCAACUCCACUAGCCUCGACGACAUGGAAACCAUUGAACCAUUCACCCUUGCUCCCUGGGAAAAGAGAAUACAGGUUGUAAUCGAUGAUGCUGGAGGAGAAUCAGUACGAAGCAUGGCCGAAGCAGUGCAAGUGGCAGUCAGCAGUUCUGCCAGAAACGACGUGGUUGGUGUUGGCGGAGCAGUCCACAUCCCAGGAUUCUGUGACAAAACGUUUGCAUUCACGCUUGGUGCGAGAGACCAGCACAACCCAUACUCUGGACAGCUGGCAGCGAUUGCCAACAAUUUUGCCGGUGGUACUUCAAGUGUCAGGCUUCAGAACAGAGUGCCAGUAUGUAGGGCGUCGGGCAGGCAUUGGGCUCCAUUGGCAGCAGACACGCUCUUCACACUAUUCCAUCACUGCAAUUCGAUCUAUGACCGCCAUUUUGAACCACCUACAUCAGGACGCCCAACUACUUAUACCCGUAGCUGA